AUGAAGCUUAUAUUGAUCAAUAUGUUGUUAUUAUCUCAAGUUUUAUCAACAAGUUUAUCUUAUGGAACUUUGUUAGACAAUGAAGCUAUCGUUUUGAAAAAUUUAAUAUUUAAAACAGAAAGUAAUAGUUAUGAUUUAAAAAAUAAAUCUUCUAACUAUAUUUAUGAUUCUAUGUCUAUUAAUAAGUUGAAAGAAACAUUAAAAGAUACAGAUAUGUUAUUAUCAAAUAGAGAUUGUUCAACAGAUCAUAAAAGGCGUAAAGUAUUAUUGGUGAUCAAAGAAGAAUUAACUAAUAGGAUUAAAGAAUUUAAAAAGGUGAUUACUGUAGAAUCAUUAGUAACUGAAUCAAACAUUAACACGGAUCAAAUGAUAAAUGUAGGAUUUGAUGAAUAUGAUAAACUAAAAAGAUAUGAAAAUAGACUUGUUGACUAUGAAAAAUAUCCUGGUAAAAGUUAUGAUAAAAUUACAUUUGAUUUGAUUCCAGAAUCAAGAUUUGUAAAUGUAUUACCGUUUUAUAAAAACAAUUUGUAUAAAUUACAAAAUAUUUAUACUCGUUUUAAUAGAAUAUUUAAUGUAAAAAACAUUGUAUAUGUUAAUACUAAUCGUAUACCUUUAAAAGUAAUUAGACUUUCUUGUUUUAUUGAAAAGAAAAUUAAUAUAACUGAAUCUAAUGAUUUGUAUGAAAUAGAUUUAAAUGUUUUUACCGAAGAUUUAAAUAAUUUAAACUUUGAAAGAAAAAAUUUAAAUGAGCUUGUUAUAAAUAAUGAUUGUGUAUAUAAUGGUUUUAUUUUAAGUAACGACUAUUAUGAAUAUCAUAAUUUAUUUAGAUUUUAUUUAAAUAUUGGUGUGUUUUAUGAAACAUAUGAUAGAAUUGAUGAAUAA